AUGCGUGCCUCCUGGAUCAUUGCUGCCCUGGCCACCGCUGCCAUUGCGGCCCCUGCUGUUCAGAAGCGUUCCACCGACGUUGCUGCUGUUGAACUUUCCGUGCGAGGUGUUGAGUCAGCUCUCGUUGAGAAGCGUCAACUCGGUCUUGACGUUGGAGGUCUCCUGAGCACUGUUCUUAACACCACCGGCGGCCUCCUCUCGGUUGUCACCGGCCUCCUCACCACCGUCACUGGUGCUGUCGGCGACAUCGACGCCCUCGUUCAAAGCAUCCUGGACGGUGCAGUCACUGACGUCGAGGGUACCCUGGCCACUGUCGAGUCCGAGCUCGAGAGUGUCAUUGAGCUCGUCCAGGGCGUGCUUGCUCAGGCUGACCUCUCUGGAGGUCUUGACACAGUCUCUGGCGAGAUCUCCAGCACCGUGGCCCUCGUUGAGGGUCUGCUGGCCGAUGUCGAGGCCCUGACUGGUCUCGUUGACGUUCCUGCCACCCUCGACACCGUCACUGGCACCGUCCAGCAGCUCCUCGACCUCGUCACCGGCCUCACCUCCGCCGUUGGUGUUACCAAGGCUUAA